AUGAUCCAGCAGCAAUCUCCACCACCUCCUUAUCUAUUCCUGGAAGACCUGCUGCCCAAAACAGGCUGGGGCCUCUACUACAAGUUCAUGCUAGCGAUGGCAUGCGCCAAUUCCGUAGUCAACGCUGCUGCUUUCAUGAGUCUCUUCUACGCCAUACCCCUUUCGACCUGCGAAAACCUCGUGACCUGUGGGAUACUAUGGGGCGUACACAUCAGCUUCCUGUUGGGCAAAAGCUGCGGAGGCUACUCCUCCAACUGCCUCAGCGACAUCUACGGCAGGAAACGAAUGAUAACCUACAGCUUGCUGACGAUCUUCGUCACCACGUUCACAGCUGCCUUCGCCUACAACUACUACAUGAUCAUAGUGGCAGCUUUCUUCCUGGGCAGUGGCCUGGACAACAACAGCUGCACGGUGAGGAUCCAUCUGGCUGAAAUUCUGCCCAAGCACAAGCGAGGCUUCUACCUGGCUGUUUGCGAUGUCUUCUGGACUGUAGGCUACCUCCUCAUGUCUGUUUUUGCUGUUACCAUGCAACGUCCUACUCACGUGGAGCACAGAGCAGUCGAUAUGAAGCUAGCUACCUGGAGAGUCAUCCUAGCGUUAUCCGGAGGCUUCAGUUUGGUGUUGGCUUGCUGUUCCGCGCUGCUCGAGGAAAGCCCUAGAUACUUUCUGCACGCCAAGAAGGAGUUCUUGGCUGUGUUGGCUCUCAAACAGUUUUACGCCAUCAACAGGUCGACUUAUGGCAACUCUUUCGAGGUCAAGGAUCAGGAUUUGAGGUACUUCGUGCAAGACUAUGGGCUGUCGCCCAUGCCUGAAGAAGUCGGGGGUUUGAAUUCUGUUAAAGGAGCGUUCAAACUCUGCUGCAGAGGUACCAAGCUAUCGCUGUCUUACCCCUUCAGAUCUUCUACUGUUACUCUGAUGCUAGUCAGGAUCCCUCUGGUGGUGUUCAGUUCAGUGAAUUUGAACGUUCUGCUAGCUAAGUUGCUUUCUCAACAUCACGUGACCAGUGGCUUAGGAGUCAUUUAUCUUGAUUACAUUACAAAUGUUACUAUGUGCUCUAGCUUCGAAGACAACAAAACUUUGUAUGGGAACUUCUUUGUUCUAGCUAUCAAUAUCAUUGUGGGCCAAAUAAUUAUGUUGUGGUUUUUGGACAAAGCUGGUAGGAGGUUGUGCUUGGUUAUACCUAUGGUGGUGAGUGGAGUUUUCUUGGUGGCUCUGGAUUUUGUCAAAGAUAAUAUGAUCAGAAUGAUCAUGAGCUCUUUCAUAAUAAUUGGUGUUGCUUCUGCAACAACUAACUUUUCUGUAAUUAACAUCGAACUGUUUCCAACUGUGAUCAGAGGUACUGCUAAUGGUGUAACGAAUUUUUUCGCAACUAUACUCACGAUAUUCAUUCUUAGAUUCUUUCACUUAUUCGCUGAUUGGGUUUUUAUGGUUGCUGGGACAAUGCUAAUAGUCGCUUCUUUAGUAGCGAAUUGUGUGGACGAUUUGAAGAAACAACCCAUGGUCGAAUAA